AUGAGCAUCGAGGUCGCUGGAAACGAGAAAAUCAACAUGACUUUUAUGAAAUGUGGAAUGAGGGCUCUUCUUGUCGAUCGCUACAUCAUUAACAAUCAAUUCACCUUUGAACCAGGAAUGUUGAGAAUGUUGGAUGACGUCGCGGAGUAUGCAUGCAAAGAAGAAAACACACCAUUGCAAGUGUACAUCACCGGAAACGCCAAUAUCACUGGAACUAUUGUUUUCCGUAUUCUCCAAGACCCUGCAAGUUUCUCUGAUCUCUCCGACUCUGUCCUCUUCCCACUCAUUCACUUCGUUAUCUUCCUAAUGGUUGUUCUUGCAGUGAUCCCAUUGAUCUACUGGGUCGAGAAUCGCAAAAGCAAGGAAAAAGAAUACGAGAAGGAUUUUGCUUCCUCAUGGUCUCUUUAA